AUGUCUACCUUCACAUUCUUCCUGCUCUGUGUCCAGGCUUGCCUGAUCCAAAACGUGUACAGCCAGUACUGGGGUGGUCUGGGCGGCUGCGGCUGUGGAGCUGGUCUGGGUGGCCUCGGACUGGGCUAUGGAGCUGGUUGGGACGGCUACGGAAUCGGAUGGAAUGGUCUUGGCGCUGGCUGGAAUGGAUUCGACGAUAGAUACGGCGAUGGCUGCGGCUCAUACGGCGGUGAGGGUAUUGGUAACGUUGGAGUCGCCGGUGAGCUGCCCGUCGGUGGUGUCACCGCUGUCGGCGGCCGCGUGCCCAUCAUCGGUGGUGUCGAGUUCGGAGGUCCCGCCUGCGCCGCUGGUGCCGUCUCCAUCUGCGGACACUGCGCCCCCACCUGCGGAUGUGGACGUGGUAUUUACUAA